UUAUAUUUGAUUAAUAAUUAUUGCUUCGGGACAUAUAUUUUUAUGCUGUUGACAGCCUACCAAACAAUGCAUGAUAACGCUCGUGCAAAACUUGCAAAUAUUGUUUACAUUAAGAAUUCGAGUUGUAGACACGAGAAAGUGCGUCCAUCGUUCCCUGUCGAGAACGGAAUCGUUGAGAAGGUAUUCGUUUUCGGGCAUCAAUAUGGCGGCGAAUCUUGAGGAAGAACAAAGUUUAAGAGAGUGCGAGGAAUACGUGCAAAGACACAAUAUUCAACAAGUUUUAAAAGACUGUAUAGUGCAAUUGUGCGUGGGGCGUCCUGAAAAUCCCAUAUCUUUCUUAAGGGAGUAUUUCCAGAAACUAGAACGGGAACAGGCUCACGAUGCUAAGCAACAGAUCGCAACCAGUCCAGAAGACACGGAAGACAUACCCGCGGGUCAGCAAGGUCCUCAAGUACCAAGACGCAGGGGUGGUAUCUCCGCGGAGCCGGUCUCCGAGGAGGAUGCGACCAGUUAUGUCAAGAAGGUCGUGCCUAAGGAUUACAAGACGAUGGCUGCUUUGAGCAAGGCCAUCGCUAAGAACGUCCUUUUCGCUCACUUAGAUGAGAACGAACGUUCUGACAUAUUCGACGCUAUGUUUCCAGUCACGUUCUUACCUGGCGAGGCAAUCAUUCGACAAGGGGACGAGGGAGACAAUUUCUACGUGAUCGAUCAAGGAGAAGUUGAAAUAUUUGUUAACGGCGAGCUUGCCACCACGAUCAGAGAAGGCGGAAGUUUUGGUGAAUUGGCUCUGAUCUAUGGCACACCUCGCGCUGCGACCGUACGAGCGAAAACGGACGUCAAGUUAUGGGGAAUUGAUAGAGAUUCUUAUCGCAGAAUCCUAAUGGGCUCCACCAUAAGAAAGCGGAAGAUGUAUGAAGAAUUCCUUUCUAGAGUAUCUAUUUUAGAGUCUCUGGAUAAGUGGGAACGGCUGACGGUAGCCGAUGCUUUGGAACCCGUAGCAUUUGAUGACGGCGAGACGAUAGUUCGACAGGGUGAACCUGGUGAAGACUUUUAUAUAAUUGUAGAGGGCACUGCUGUGGUCCUCCAACAGCGUUCGGAGAACGAAGAACCGUCAGAAGUGGGUCGCUUAGGACCAUCUGAUUAUUUCGGUGAGAUUGCGUUGUUGUUAGACAGGCCAAGAGCUGCGACAGUUGUGGCACGUGGCCCUUUGAAAUGUGUAAAACUGGAUAGGGCAAGGUUCGAGAGAGUUCUGGGCCCCUGUGCAGACAUCCUGAAACGCAACAUUACGCAGUAUAACAGUUUCGUGUCUUUGUCCGUAUAAAUUGCUGUCCAAGUGUCAGUCGCCCUGAUUUUCUUCGUGGAACUACUGUUUCAUCAUACUGUUAACAUUUUUUUAUUUAAGUAAUAUGUAAGUAAUAGCUAGACUGCGGAUGUUCAUGAGAGUUUACUUUUUGUUUUUUUUUUAAUCAGUUUAGAAGAACGGAGAUUAAAACAAUUUAUGUUCCAUUCUUGAAGAAGUUCUGUUUAGAUUGAUGUUUGCAACAAAUGAACUUCUGUAGUCUGGCGAUAACUAUAUUACGUCAGCCAAUACGCGCGCUAAGAAUUAUGAUAUACGUUGACCGUCUUUUGAACUUAGUCGUGUCGUAUCUUCAUUAAUGUUUUAUGUUGGAGACUGGGCUUUUGAUUUGUACAUAUGGGUGAGUGGAUAGUCAGUGUUGCAGCAUGUUCAGACUGGAUCUUAUUAAUGCUGUAACAUACAACGGGACUCGAUUAUCUGUUGAAAAGUCAAAUCAAUUUUGCCACACUGUUGCUUAGCACUGUAACAAAUGUUGCAUAUCAUCACACUUUUUGUAAUGCAAGCACAGCUGUUAUUUAUCCCGUUCGUGUACUGUUUAAGCAGUGACAACGCUAGUUUUGAAAGACGGUGAUAGUAUAUAUGGAAUUCAAAUUUACAUAAAUUGAACUAUUGGAAACAUCGCAAUACAUAAUGUUACUACGCACUUUGUAACUUGCAACACGUCGCUAUACGACUUCGGUCCUUGUCUUUUACACGAACUUUUCUUGAAAGUAUUACCAAUUACUUCACGGGAACCCGAGGAUUUUGGUAAAUCGUGCGUUUAUUUUACGGAAUAUUUAUGUUCAGAGGAGUGAAGGAAAAAGUCAUUUUAUCGCGUUAUUAUAAAGUAUUUGAAAUUUGAAAUUCUGUACCUUCAAUUUCUUUGUUAUGACAGUAUUUAAUUUCUGUUAUUUAUUGUGUUAAAUUUUAUUGAAGCGAACUUGAUCGUUCUGUAAGAAUGUUUGGAAUAUAUAUAAUUAUUAUAUGCAUUUCACAAUAUGUAGCGAUCAAUUCGUACACAUAUAUGUGUAUGAUUUAGGAAGAAAAAAUAUAAAAAGAAAAAUAUAUUAAACCUGAAUAUUUGUAUAAUAUUGAAUCUGAAUGGCAGCAGCUUUAAUAUAGCUUCGCACAAUUUUAUUGAGAAUUUGUUUAUAUCUGCACAAUGAAUGAACCAAGAAUAAUGUGUAUACAUUUAAUCAAUCAUAUAAUUUUAUUAAAAAAUGGCGAGUCAGAAAAUUAACGACAUUAUAUGAUUAACACUUUUUACGGACUAUCACGAAUACAAUAUCGAAUUAGCAAAGUAAUAAUGUCUAACGAAUAUAGAAAUAACUUUGCCAUUACUUUCCUAUAAUAUUCAGGUCACGAGGAGGUUCAAAUUACAACAUAAUAAAACAUUUUAUUUCAAUUUACAACAGAUUCCCUGUAAAUCCGUUAGGUUCCAGUGUAUAACGCAUUAAAAAGUAAUAUAACAUCCGAAAAAUUAAA